AUGAAGACCUUCCGCGCAUGUAUGCAGACCCUCCGCACAUGUAUGCAGACCCUCCGCGCAUGUAUGCAGACCCUCCGCGCAUGUAUGAAGACCCUCCGCGCAUGUAUGAAGACCCUCCGCGCAUGUAUGAAGACCCUCCGCGCAUGUAUGCAGACCCUCCGAAACAUGUAUGCAGACCCUCCGCGCAUGUAUGAUGACCCUCCGCGCAUGUAUGCAGACCCUCCGCGCAUGUAUGCAGACCCUCCGCGCAUGUAUGAACACCCUCCGCGCAUGUAUGAAGACCCUCCGCGCAUGUAUGCAGACCCUCCGCGCAUGUAUGCAGACCCUCCGCGCAUGUAUGCAGACCCUCCGCGCAUGUAUGCAGACCCUCCGCGCAUGUAUGAUGACCCUCCGCGCAUGUAUGAUGACCCUCCGCGCAUGUAUGAUGACCCUCCGCGCAUGUAUGCAGACCCUCCGCGCAUGUAUGAUGACCCUCCGCGCAUGUAUGAUGACCCUUCGCGCAUGUAUGAUGAAACUCCGCGCAUGUAUGAACACCCUCCGCGCAUGUAUGAACACCCUCCGCGCAUGUAUGCAGACCCUCCGCGCAUGUAUGCAGACCCUCCGCGCAUGUAUGAUGACCCUCCGCGCAUGUAUGAUGACCCUCCGCGCAUGUAUGAACACCCUCCGCGCAUGUAUGAACACCCUCCGCGCAGUUGCCAACGCUCGUCUAGCUUACUGUACCAAGCGUGA